CACGUGGUCACUAUAAUAGCCGAGGAGCUGUCCGCGGUGCUGGAUCAGACCCGCCGGAGACCCGCAACCCUGCACUCCCGCUGAAGGCAUCACUAUGUCGUCACUCCUCUGUAGCUCCACCAGAGGAAACCCCUCCCUUGCCUGGUGCGCCAGCCUCCUCCUCCUUUGCCUCACUCACGUACACGGAGCUUCACUCAGAGACCACAGACUGCGGGGAAGUGAGUCAGACCCCCAGAGGGGAAGUGUCCAUCGGCCUCCGAACGCUGACAUGCUGAAAGCCUUGGAGUACAUCGAGAGUCUUGGUCAGAGGGCAGAGUCGGACGUCCAGGCUGGACGAUACGACGGCGCACGUGUGGAUGAUACAGAGAAGCUGCAAGCCAUGAUGAGACUGGCCUCUCGCCCCACAAAUGAGGAUGAGGAGGGUGCAGACGAAGGGCAGGAGGAUAAGAGCGAGGAGCUGCUGCAGGCUGUGCUCAGCACCCUCCAGCAGACUGAGCAGGCCUCCAAACCCACCACGUCUCUCGGCGGAAGCUCGAGAGGAUCAUCAGGUGUGAGGGAACAGCAGAAGCAGCAAGCCAUCAUGCCUCAUAAGAAGCUGCCACUCAUGUUCGAGGAUGAUGAGGAGGGCGAAGGAGAUGAGGAAGAGGAGGACGAAAGGGGCCCCUACAAGCGCACCACAGAGAACGUAGAGGAGAAGUACACCCCUCAGAACCUGGCCACUCUGCAGUCCGUCUUUGACGAACUGGACAAGUUCACCACUGGAAAGACCGCGACCAAACGGCAAGAUGAAGAAGAUGUGGCACAGCAGGAGGAGGAGGAUGAAGCUGAAGACUUGUUUAAUGUGAGGAAUGUGGCGUAUGAUGACUUCGGGGCAGAUUUAGCCAACUGGGGUCCACUGGACGAGAAGGAGGAGGAAGAGGAGGAGGAUAAACACGAGCUCGACCGAGGGCUUGACUACGUUGAGGAUGAAGACGAAGACGCCAACGAUGAAGAGGAAGAGGAGGAGAGCUAUCCAGUGAAGAGGUCCAGUGAUCCAGAUGACGUAACCAACUUGGUGGACUAUUACAUUUUCAAAGUGUUGGAGAAAACAGAGGAGGAGCAGAAGAGAGCGAUAGAGGAGGAAGAGGAAGAAGAGAAGGAGAGAGAAGAAAGACGGGUCGCUCAGUAUAGAGAGAACAUAGACCCACGAGUUGUUUAUGAGAUUCUGAGGAUCUCACAGAAGUACCAGAUCCCCCCUGAAGACCUGCUCGACAUGCUCAGAAGCCGAUCCUCAUCCACGUCGCAGAACAGGAAGAGCAGCCAGCUACCCAGAGCUGGAAACCAGCUCUCUCAACUGACCUACAAAGUCCCUCCAUCCAGGUUCUACAGCAGACGUCUCCCUCAGAGACAGCAGAGCCCUCAAAACCUGCAGACGGAGCGGAUCCUCAACCUGCUGGGACUGGGGGGGGCGGAGACAGAGGCUGAGGCUCCUGUCAGGAAGCAGCAGAGCUACAAAAGCUCACUGUCACGAUUCCGCCCAGCAGAGCGUCCGGGGGAAUCCACCUCCCCACAGAGGCGCCCGCCUGCCAAGUUAAAGGAGGACUAUGACGACACAGUGGGAGAGGACGAGCUCGCGGCGUACUUGACGUCUCAGAUGUUGUCCAGAUACCCCAAACCCAGCAGCUACAGAGCCACGCAGAAGAGGGAGGAGGCCGGGCAGGCCAUGACCGGGUCUUUCGAGCAGGCCAUUCAGGACUACUUGGAUCAGAUGGACUCAGACAAGCAGCAGAAUGAAAAGAGACAGUCAGAGGACGAUGUGCAAAACAGCGACACACAAAGCUUCGAUAAUGAUGCCGUGAUGAAAUUACUGAAUUACCUGAACCCAGAGACGGAAGAAUCUGAUGCCAAAACUGCCCCAGGGGCAUAAAUACAGGCUGUAGAUACGUAUAAAUAUAUAUAUAUAUAUAUUCUUUCGGAAAGGGUCGAAAUAAAGUAUUUUGGAUGAUAAAACAAGCAGUCAAGCGGUUGUGAUUCUGUUGUGUUGACUAGAGAUUGAACAACAGUCAUAGCUUAUAAGACAAACACAUACCACCAGUUCAGUGUUGGAUUCCACUUGUGUUUGCUUUUUGGUAAUUCUUUCCUAAAUGUGUUCAUAUGUGACAUACUUGAAGUUAAUAAAGCAUUGACUUUAUUUUUC